UGAAAGCGGGGCCGGUCAUUAUGGCGCCAACAAAUAAAUUAGGAAGCGACUAAAUUAUAUCCACCUGGGUCCUUAUUCACAAUUCAUAACGAACAUUUUACAAUUCCCGUUAUUAGAUUCUUUAUGGGAAUAACUCCCGUUUUUGACGCUCAAUCCGACGAACCCAUCCCCGAUUUCAUAGCAUUACCACACGCAUCUUCUAAUAACGGGAAUUGUAAAAUGUUCGAUUUCAUCCAAACCCACUUUCAUUCGAUUAAAUCCCCUCCUUUUUCUUCCUCUUCUCUUCAACUCUCCUCUGGAAUCCCUCCGGUCCGCUGCCUUCUCAGCGCGAUCACUGGGGAUUCUGGUUCUUCUCCCAUUUCUACUACUACUACGCCUCUUGAGCUUUGUUUUUUUGCCCACUUUGGUGUUUCAUUUUUGUUUGCGGAGCUAUGAGCGAUCAUCUCGUUCUGUAUGUGGACCGAUUAGCUCGGCCGCCACCCCUUGAUUCCAUCCCCAACCCACCUGAGGCUGUUCCUCUCUUGCCGGUUGAUGGGGAUUUGGACAGCGACUCACCUUUGUCUUCUCCAACCUCUGCUUCCAGUGUUGAGGAGAGGGGAGAAGAAAAUGAGGGUUCGGAUGGAGAAGAUGAUUCUUUGAUUCAGACAGCGGAGUGCCGCAUUUGUCAGGAUGAGGAUGUAAUUAGGAAGCUGGAAACUCCUUGUGCCUGUAGUGGCAGCCUUAAGUAUGCUCAUCGGAAGUGUAUACAGCUUUGGUGCAAUGAGAAAGGGGAUAUUAUUUGUGAGAUUUGUCAUCAGCCUUACCAACCUGAUUAUACAGCUCCGCCACCUCCCCCUCGCAUUGAAGAAACAUCUAUUGACAUCGGGGGAGGGUGGACCAUCACUGGCACCCCUUUGAAUUUACACGAUCCUCGCUUUUUGGCUAUUGCUGAGGCUGAGCAUAAUAUAUUGGAAGCCGAGUAUGAUGAAUAUGCUGCUUCAGAUGCCAGUGGAGCUGCAUUUUGUCGAGCAGCUGCUCUUAUUCUCAUGAUCCUACUUUUCUUACGUCACGCACUUGAAGUCACAGAUCCUGAUGGUGACGAUUACUUGUCUGCUUUCUUCUCUAUUUUCUUGCUUCGAGCAGCUGGUUUUCUCUUGCCCUGUUACAUUAUGGCUUGUGCAGUCAACAUCUUGCAACGUCGACAACGACGACAGGAACGGGAGGCUGCAGCCUUGGGUGCAGCACAAGUUGCUUUUGUGCUACAAUCAGGACGGCACAGGGGGCUGCAAUUUGCAAUAGCACCAGGACCUCAAAUGACUCCCCACCAGGAGACUGUUUAACUUACAUAGGCACAAAAUGUAUGACCUCUUCAUUUUUUCCCCAAUGGUUUUAGCACAAAAACGGAAAAUCUAGAUCUGCCUUGAAAUCUGUCCAUAUUUGUAAUCUGUCUUACAUUCAUUUUGGAAAGCCCGAGUGUAAUUCUUCUCAAGAAUGCUAUAGCUUUUCAUGAUCUUCAAUCUCCUGCCCCUUGAGUAAUGUAGCAACGGAAAACUUAAAACCAAAAUUUCAGUAGUUGAAUGGUGUACACGAAACAGAGUUUGUAUAAAUUGUUUAAAGAUCUUUGUUUCGAAUCUUACAUAUAAAAGGAAGAACUAUGUCUGGUUUGUCUUGUAAA